AUGGCUGACAUUGAGUCGACAAAAUCAACUGGCUCUCCUGUCCCAGAGAAGGAAGGCGCCUUGUCCACUGCGGUCGACGUGAGCCAAGCAACAUCCGAUCUCGAGAAGAUCAAGCACGCACAUCAAUUCGACCCAAACCUGCCGCAGGAGAAACUCGACUUCAUCAACAAGGCGCUACACGAUGGCGACGCAGGAGAAAUCAUUGAGGCCGACGCCCUUUUCACUGAGGACUCUCCGUACGACGAGGUCCGAGCAGCGGUGCGGCCCACGGAUUCCGGAGGAGUCGCUAACACAGUCCGAGCCUGGGUGCUAGGCCUCUUCUUCGUCAGUAUUGGAAGCGGCCUGAACAUGUUCUUGAGCAUGAGGAGCCCAGCGAUCAACUUUCCGGCCCUGGUCGUCCAGCUGCUGGCUUACCCCCUUGGCUGUUUCUGGGCGAAGGUUGUGCCCACCAGAGUCUUCAACACAUUCGGUGUGAAGUGGACCUUCAACACUGGGCCGUUCACAAUCAAGGAACAUGUCGUUGUCACGCUAAUGUCAAACGUCUCGAUUGGCUACGCUUACAGCACCGAUGCUCUGCUGGCACUUCAGGGCAAGCCAUUCUACGAUGUCAAUCUUGGAUGGGGAUUCCAGCUUCUUUUCACACUAAGCUCUCAGCUCAUUGGCAUUGGUCUGGCAGGAUUAUCCAGGAGAUUCCUCGUCUGGCCGGCUGCGAUGAUAUGGCCCAACCAGUUCAGUAGCACAUCUCUUUUCUUUGCAUUGCACGACAAGAGCAAAAGUGACGGAUCCGAAAGCAACGGUUGGACCAUCAGCCGCUAUAGAUACUUUUUCUAUGUCCUUAUCGCCAUGUUCUGCUACUACUGGAUUCCGGCCGUGUUGUGGCAGGGACUCUCGGUCUUUGCCUUCAUCACCUGGGUUAAGCCCGACAAUGUCGUCGUUAACCAAUUAUUCGGUGGCUAUACUGGCCUCUCUUUGAUCCCAAUCACCUUCGACUGGACAUAUGUUACCGCAUAUUUAGGCGACCCUCUGCUUGCUCCAGUGCAUACCGCCAUAUCUGAGCUCACGGGGCUCUUCGUGUUCGUCAUUCUCGCAACGAUCGGCAUCACGUAUUCUGGUGCUAUCUACAGCCAGUACUUGCCGAUCAACACAUCCCAGACCUACGACAACACACAGAGUAAAUACAGCGUGAGCAGGAUAUUGGGAGACAACUUCACUUUCGACCUGAAGAAGUAUCAGGAAUACUCACCACUCUUCCUCCCACCCACGUUCGCCCUGAAUUAUGGUUUAUCCUUUGCUGCCCUGACGGCGGCACUGGUGCACUGCGGUCUGUUCCACGGAAAGGAAAUCUUGUACCGGCUCAAGGCAGCGAGGAAUCAAGAACCGGACAUCCACAUGAAGCUAAUGAAGAAAUACCAGGACGCCCCUGAUUGGUGGUAUCUCGCGCUGUUUGCCAUCUCGAUGGGCCUCGGUCUCGCCACCGCCUUGGGAUACGACUCUCAGCUGCCCUGGUGGGCGUUCUUCGUGGCCAUUAUCCUUGCUAUCGUCUUCAUGAUCCCGUCUACAACAAUUUUGGCUAUUUCGAAUCUCGCGCUGGCUCUAAAUGUUCUGUCUCCAUUCUUGGCCGGGUUUAUGAUACCAGGCCAGCCUAUUGGCGUGAUGAUCUUCAAGGUUUACAGUACUAUCGUACUCGGUCAGGCUCAGACAUACGCCGGUGACUUGAAGCUGGGACACUACAUGAAGAUCCCGCCCAGGAUAACCUUCUGGUGUCAAGUGGUAGCGACUGCCUGGGCUACGUUUGUGCAGAUUGCUGUCAUGAACUGGACACUCGGGAAUAUCGAAGGUGUCUGCGAUAUUGACCAACCAGCCAAAUUCUCCUGCCCAAACGGUCGUGCCUUCUUCUCAUCAUCGAUCGUCUGGGGAGUCAUCGGCCCUUACAGGAUGUUUGGGACUGGAUCCAUAUACCAGUAUUUCAACGUCUUUUGGGUGAUCGGAGGGAUCCUUCCCUGCAUUCUCUACGCCCUUGUCAAAUAUGGCGGCCGUCUGAGUUGGAUCGGCCGCACCCUCCAUGCGCCAGUCAUGCUAGGAGCGAUGGGCUGGUUGCCGCCGGCGACGCCGUUGUCUUUCUCGACCUGGGGAAUCGUCGCGUUGAUUUUCAACCACUUCAUCAAGAAACGAUUCCACGGCUGGUGGCGCCAGUACAACUAUGUCACUGCAGCUGCUCUUGACGCUGGGCUUAUCAUCUCAACAAUUGUCAUCUUCUUUGCCAUUACUUUCCCUGGAGCAACAAUCCCCCAGUGGUGGGGCAACGUUGGUGUCUAUAACACGAUGGACGCGGAAUACACUGCUAUCCUCAAGACAGUUGACGAGGGGCAGACGUUUGGACCGGCCACGUGGUGA